AUGGCAGAGACGUCCGACCUGCCUUUCCUCACCAUCAUCCUCCUGCUGACCGCCUGUUUGGUAUCACUCUUCGUGCUGGGGCAAAUCGCAACCACAUAUACCAUCGCAUACCUGGCUGCCCCCUCGGAAAUCACAACGUUCCUUGAUACAGUGGAUUUCUCCAUCCAGGAGAAUGAGUCGUAUGAUCGCGAUGUCGCCAAGGUGCAGAGGCUGGAGGAUAAAUUGAGGAUGGGCAAACUAUUACGCGAAAUACAGAAGUGCGGCGAUGAUUUGAAAGAGGAUUUGAAUAAGCUUCUGAUUGAUGAGGGAGGAACUAGAUUGAGGUCUAGUACGAGACUUUUCUGGGCGGCGAAGAGGGGAAGGUUGGAGGAGAGAAUGAGGAGGUUGGAUAUGCUGAGAAUGCGAUUCUUAGUCGUUUAUAUGGGAUUGAUUGCUGCGAAGAGUCAUGAACAACCCAAGGACCCGGAAAAGCAACACUAUCAUACUCCGAAGAGGAUGACUCUGCGGCCAGGUCUACCGCAUGCCUUGACUGAGGGCAUUCAGAGAAACCCACCGCUUCGGAGACUUGCGACGCAAGCCAUGGGACAUAACGACCAUGUUGGCGCGGCUCCAAAGCAAGGAUGGAUGGGUGUGGUUGCAGAGUUGCAGAACUCGCCGUUGAUGCAUAAGAGGCAUGCUUCCAUUGAGACUGCUAUGGCCAGUCCUCGAAGUCCACAUACGCCCUGA